AGAAUCAGCAGAUCACAUUUUUCUUCACUGCAAAUUCACCCAAAAGAUUUGGUUCCAUUUUCUGAAAAUGGCAGGUUACAGUUGGGUUACACCAAAGCAUGUUAAGGACUUUCUACAUCAGUGGCAAGGAACAGGUCUAAGUAAGAGGUGUAAAAUUUAUUGGCAACCAGUGUUACACGCAGUGCUGUGGGGUGUUUGGGAUGAAAGAAACAAAAGGCUUUUUAACAACAGAUCAAGGCCCCUGGAGGAGUUAAUUUCAGACAUCUCUUACCUGUGCAACCUUUGAUGGUGAAUUCUGAUCUUUUCAGAGUUAAGGAGAAGGUGACCGUGCAAGGAGGAAAGGGAUCGGUUGUUCCUAGAAAUUUUGUUUCCAUUGGAUCAUGCUUUCCUGCAGUUGCAAGUCCCAAUUAUGCUGCAGCAUCACCCAAGAGCCCUCAUAUCAUGGAGACACAUGUUACAGCAACAGCCAAUAUUCUUCCACCACCCAAUGGCCCUCAUAUAAUGGGCACAAGUGCUGCAGCACCACCAAAUUGCCCUCGUAUCACAGAGACACGUGUUACAGCAACAGCCAAUAUUCUUCCAAUAACUCCACAUGCAAAUCUUGUCAGAUACGUCCCCCUGUAUCAAGCAGCACUUAAAGGUGAUUGGGAAAGAGCAGAAAAGUUUCUUCAAGAGCAGCAAAAAGAGAUAUGCCAACAUUAUGGGCCAAAUAGUGCCCUCAUAUACGAUUACAGAAGUAUUGUAACUGCUAGAAUCACAAAUGCUUCAGAGACUGCUCUGCACAUUGCAGCCGGAGCGAGACGAGUACACUUUGUAGAGGAAUUAGUUAAGUUGAUGCAUCGAGAAGACCUAGAACUGAAAAACAAGGAUGACAAUACAGCUCUCUGUUUUGCAGCAGCUUCAGGAAUUACCCAGAUUGCAAAGGUAAUGGUAGCAAAGAAUCCAAAAUUGCCAGGAAUUAGGGGUAAUAAAGGAGCGACACCACUUUAUGUGGCCACUUUGCUAGGCCAUAGGGACAUGGUUUGGUAUCUUUACUCUGCCUCUAAGAAUUUUUUGACAGAGCACGACCUUGUCAAGCUUCUAAUUGCUACCGUCACAACCAAUUUAUUCAAUGUGGCCUUGGAGAUCCUCUCAAAGUGUCCUCCAUUGGCAAUAGUUCGAGAUGAAAAUGAAGAGACCGCUUUACAUAUAUUGGCCCAGAAACCUUCUGCCUUUGCAAGCGGAUGCAACUUUGGGAUUUGGAAGAGAUUUCUUUAUUCAUUUCCAUAUAUAAAGCAGGUGUACGAUACCAAAGUGAUGCACUUUCAAGCAAUAGAGGUAGUCAAAGUGCUUUGGCAUGAAGUUCUGAAAUUGGAUGACAAAAAUAUGUCAGCAUUACUAAGAGAGCCUUCACGACCACUCUUUGUUGCAGCAGAGCUGGGGAUUGCUGAAUUCAUAGCUGUGCUUCUUCGUGACUAUCCCGAUCUACUUUGGAAAGUUAACAGUGAUAAUCAAAGCAUAUUUCAUACAGCAGUUGCCCAUCAUCAAGAAAAAAUCUUCAUCCUCAUACAUGAUAUUGGUGCACUCAAGGAUUUGAUAACUUCUUAUGUAGAUGGCAACAACAAUAACAUGCUACAUCUGGCUGGAAACUUAGCUCCUUCGUCUCGACUCAACACAAUUUCAGGUGCUGCACUUCAGAUGCAGCGAGAACACCAAUGGUUCAAGGAAGUGGAAAAGGUCAUGCAACCAUUGUACAUGGAGAUGAAGAACUCAGAAGGGAAAACGCCCCGCACGUUGUUUACAGAGAAGCAUGCAAACUUGGUUAAGGAAGGCGAGAAGUGGAUGAAGGAUACAGCAUCAUCAUGCAUGAUUGUAGCAACACUAAUUGCCACUGUAGUGUUUGCUGCAGCCUUUACCGUUCCAGGUGGAAACUAUGAUGAUAAGGGCAUUCCUGUUUUUCUUGAAGUCAGGUCCUUUAUAGUUUUUGCCAUAUCAGAUGCAUUAGCCCUAUUCUCAUCCAUCACGUCAGUGUUAAUGUUCUUAUCUAUCUUGACUUCAAGAUAUGCAGCAGAGGAUUUCCUGGAGACAUUACCCAGGAGGAUGGUUCUUGGUCUUACAACCCUUUUCGUAUCCAUAGCUACCAUGGUGAUAGCUUUUAGUGCAACCCUUUUUAUUGUUCUUAGAAGUCGAUUGGAUUGGAUUGCCAUUCCAAUUGCCAUACUGGCUUGUGUUCCAGUCACCAUGUUUGCUUUGCUACAGUUUCCUCUUUUCAUGGAUAUUAUCCACUCUACACAUGGAUUUGGCAUUUUCUACAGACCAGGUAAACACAUGCUUUACUAGAUAAUGCCAAUGCCAGACCGAAGCAUUUGGAUCAUAGAUAAACAAUCAAUCCUUUUUCCCACCAUAAAUUCAGUGUGUAACAUAAUUUGUUUACAGUAGAUACCAUACAUCAUGUAUUUCUGUGUCCUAAUUUCAUGUAAGUCUGUUAAAUUGUGUAUAUAAGUACUUGAAUUGUAUUCAAGACGGUCUUUGUAAUAAAAUUGUUCAUGGUUGCAAUUAUAAAUUCAUUAUAG